AUGUCACAGACGGCGUGGACCGUGAGGCAAGAACGACGCGUGCUUCAAGUUCGCAAAAAGAGAACCCCUCCAAGAUCCCAGAAACGAAUCCUGCCUUCAACUCCCCUUCCGGAGAAUGAUGCCAAACACAAGGGUAUUUCGUCUGCGUACGUUGAGAAGCUCGAAGAGCACGCCAAUGAUCUGUCCACCGAAGCGCACAGAACAGCAGUAGCAAGGCGUGAUGGGCGCCAGAUAGAGCGCCGCUCCCAUCCUGAAUUACGUCUCCUCACAGGCAGUCCCAUCUUGACGCAACGACACCUCUCCUUGAUACAGAAUUGGCUCACAAACGUCGUGCCUAGGACUUGGGGCUCGAGCGGUACCAAGUUUUUCGGAGCCACUUUCAUACUACGGCAGUGCCUGCAGCACUCUGAUGUCGCUGCGUUAUGGCUGGCGAUCAUGAGUGAAGAGUCAAUUUUCAGUUUAAGUGGCCAGCCGAGGACGAAGGAAAUGAUGCUUCAGAAGGCGGCAGGUCGUCGUGCCCUCAUGUCCACACUCCAAGAAGCACGUUCCAACUUCGGAGGUGCCGUGCUCGCGCUUACGAAAGCAGCGCAAGUGGCGCUAUGGUAUGGUGAUCAGCAAGCUCAUGCUGUGUACAGUGCCGCCGCGGAUCUACUCUUCAGCAGUGUUGGAGGGCUUUCUCAUGCUUGUGCACUGGCACCCGACAUCGAACCGCAUUAUCUAGUUGCACUGUUUCACUGGACAGCACCCAGAAUUGCCAAUGCUGGCAUACUCGAGCAUACCACACGGCGCCUUCUAGUCUCAAUACAAACCUUCCUCCAGCUGCCUCAGCCCGAGCAUCUCCAUAUGCUUCGCGAUGACGGAGAAAGCAGCAGCUCAAACAUCCACCAUCAUCACACCUUACACAUCGAGACUAUAGGUCUCUUCGCACAAAUCACAGCUCCAACAGCCAACUCCACGACGGCCUCGCGUAUCUUGCAGGUCGUGCUUCUGACACACCUGUGCGGUAUACAUGAAGACUUCCAAGACAACUAUCAUGCCCAAUUGGAAGCAUUUCAGGCGAUUCGAUACCACUUUUUCAGCAGCUUCAAGGCUCAGUCAACUUUGGAACAGAGUCAUUCUGUCCAGUCAAUGUCCGGGCUGGCAUGCUAUGUGCGAAGACAACUGUUGACGAAAUAUAUCCCUGAGCAGCGCUUUGCGUGCGAAGUACGAUAUGCGCAAACGUUACUCGACAUAGCAAAGGUGUUUCCGUACAUGAGUCCGGGCAGUCAGGUCCUGAUUCUGGGCAGGCUGCAUGCUUCGUUCUCCGGCGAACGCGCUGGUUCGAUGAUCUUGAGCAAUAGUGAGAUCGAUGGAAUUGUGACAGAUGCUGUUCAGAAUUGGACUGCUCAACAGAGACAACACGGCGCAACUGGUGCAAUGCCAAUGCGAACUUGA